AGCAAAUUGGGCUGAAUGGGAGUUACUACCAGCAGUCCGGCUACAAAGGCUGGUGGUGGUCGGUCAAAGCCUAAGAAUGAUACGAGCAGAAGACCCUCGUUUGCAGUCGGUCAAGGAAAAGAUAUCAUGAUAAGUUAUAGUCACACAGAUGUGGAAUGGAUGAGAAAAAUAAAAGAAAGAUUAGAAUCUGCCGGAAUCUCAGUCUGGGUGGACGAAGCCUAUCUAGGUGCAGGAGUGGAAUUUCUCAGUAAAAUUGGACAAGCCAUUGUUGAUGCCAAGUUAUUUCUCUCACUACUGAGCACUACGUCUGUCAAGUCCAAGUAUUGUAAAGAUGAGUUAGCCUUGGCGUACGUCUCCAAUAAACUCAUCUUUCCGUGCGCUCUCCAGACUCGAGAGGAACUCUCCAAUGAUAUGGAUUUUGGCAUGAAGUUAACUUUGGCACCAAUGAAAUGGAUAUAUUUUAGUUCAGACAGGCCUAUCAAAGAUUCCUGUGACGAACUAAUCAUUGAAAUCAAAUUAAAACUUAAAGAACUUAAAGAGGAAGAAGAAGAGGUAGACAGUCAAGAAAAUUCAACAUUAUCUCCCCACUCUGUAUCGACUAGAUCACCUAAAAAACGGCUUUUAAAGCGACAGAUGACACAAGGCAACAUGGGAAAUGAUGUAGACAUCAAAGGAGAUGAAAAAAAUGAAGAUUUCUGGAAGAAAUAUUUUAAAGGUCAAAAUAAAGUGUUAUGGACAAAAUUUAAAGGAAUGUUUAAUGAGGAGUAUGGUCCAAGUUUAGACAAAGUUUAUUCUAAUGCGGACAAGGAAUGGCUGCUAUCUGUAUUGCAUGUUGAAAUCAACGAAGACGGCAAUGAAUUCAUAGAAAUGGAAGAUUACGACAAGUUCUGUACCAUUGAUGGUGAGAAAUAUCCGUUCUGGGAUCGCGUCCAUGAAGAAGCUGUCAUUAGUUACACAAUGAAAGAAGUGUUCAGUUUUGGAUCCUCCGUCCGACUUGAUGCAAUUCAAAAUUUGGCUAAGAUUAAAAGUCCUGCUGUCGUCGAAGCCUUAUUGGAUUUAUGCAAGGACAGUGACCAUAAUGUGCAAUCUAUUGCUGCAAUAUCAUUGGCUCACACGGGUUCUACUUCUGCCCGUGUUACCAACAGACUGCUGAAAUUAUGCGAAAAUAAAGACAGAUUGGUCCGCGAGAGUGCCUGCUUGGCGCUAGGUCAUCUCAAGAUAGUGAAAGCCGUUCCAAAACUUAUACAAUUAUGGCGGAAUGAUACAAUAUCUCAUGUUCGUGAAGCAGCUGAAGUAGCUUUAGACCAAAUUGGUGGUGAAGAGGCCGAGACAGCCAUGCAUAUUACAAAAGUACUUCAGGAUGAAAUUAGAUUACUUUCCAUAAAAACAUAAUAUGUGUUCCGUCGUAACCAUGGCAACCAUUUGGGUAUCAUCUGGGCGGGUAGUGUUAUUGUAUGUGUAGAUAUGAGCAUCGUCC